GUACCAUUUGGAUCAACAUCUUCAUCUUAGGCUCUAAAUUAAACUUUGUUGCGAGGAAAAGGAAAGAGAAUCAAAUAAACCUGGCCACACAUUGUUUCAUUUCAAAUAACUGGUUACAGUGAAACGCUACGAUGGAGGUUUUUCCAGACAAACCUGGCAACUCGCGUUUUUGGGUUUUUUUCCCCAUUUUUUCUUGGUUUGACGGUUAAGUUUUUCCACGACGGGUUUCUAAAACCGAAUAAAAGAGAGAAGAAAUUUAACCAGAAACAGAAAAGAGAUGACGUAACAUGUUGUCCAUGUUGGUCAUGUUAGUGGGUGUCUGCCUGUUUGAACCAGUUUCAGCCUGCAGACAGAAGGAAUACCCCGUCAGCGACGGACAGUGUUGCCCCAUGUGCCAAGAAGGAACCGUGGUUGUCAGGGACUGCUCGGCUGAGUCAGGAACACGCUGCGCCCCCUGUGAGAGGGGAACUUACAUGAACCGACCCAACGGGCUGAGGAGGUGCCUCUCCUGCUCCACCUGUGAUCAAGGGCUUGGUCUUUAUGCGAAGGAGAACUGCAAAUCGACAUCAGAUUCGCUUUGCGACGUUCUAAGUGGGUUUUUCUGCAAAAGCUUAACAGAUAGUACUGGGUGUAGCAUAGCAGAGAAACAUUCAGUCUGUAAGCCUGGAGAGAAAAUAAAACAACCUGGAACCAGCAGACAUGACACAGUGUGUGAAGCUUGUCAGCAAGGAUCCUUUUCCCCAGAUGGGGUGAACUGCACCCUGUGGACCAAAUGCUCUGAAAACCAAACCCAGGUCCGAGACGGAACCUUAACGGCCGACGUCGUCUGCAGCAAUGGAUCAUUGAGACACAGAUAUUUUCUGUCGCUGCCAUUUGUUUGCGUUUUAAUACUGUGCUUAGUGCUUCUCCACAGGUGUAUGGUAGUCUGAAUAACUGUUUGAUUGAAUUUUGAUAACUAUUAAAGCUUUAACCAUCUGUAAGUAUUAAAGCUGAUCUGGCUAAACUUUAUUUUUUUAUGUUUAGAUGUUUAAUAAUUAAAAGUUUUAACAUCUAAAAAUAACCUGCACUUUAUUUGUCCUUUUUUACUAUGUUGUUUUUACUAUAUUGUUUUUUACUAUAUUCUUCAAGCAGACAUCAGAGAUUGGAAACUUCACUCUCAGAUUUUUUCCACGAAUGAAGGAAUGUUUAUUAAAAUUUGUGCUUAAUUUCCUAACACUUUAUGUGUUUAUGUGUUUAUAUGAAGUAGAAGUUUGUUUAUGUUGUUGAAUUUCAAUAAUGACAAAAAAAUAUAUAUAUAACUUGCUGCCUGGGUUCUCUCUCCGGCUUCCUCCCACAGUCCAAAAACAUGAGUGUCAGGUUAAUUGGACUGUCCAAAAUUCUCCUCAGGCACAUGAGGAGAACCAGCAGACAUGACACAGUGUGUGAAGCUUGUCAGCAAGCUUCACCCUGCUAAUAGUGUGUGUGUGUGCGUGUGUGUGUGUGCAGUGUUGUAUAAAGUACUGAAAUCUCAGAGUGAAGUAAAGUAUAGGUACCUCUAAAAUAUGAUUUUGAUAAAAGUCCAAGUCACUGAUUGAAAUGUUACUUGAGUUAAGUAUUAAAGUAUCUGAAAUGUCUUGUACUUAAGUAUGGAAAUUACUGUAAAAAUGGAUGUACUCAAGUAAUGUAAUAAAAAGUAUAAGUAAAAGGUAAAACAAGGCAAA